UUCCCCUCACAAGCUACCAUAUGCACUGUGCCGAUGAGAGCCUUUUGCAUUUUCCUGCCUUUGGUCUUCGCUGCGUGUGAGCACACCUGUGACCAAGAGACAGGCAGCCUCCUGCAGACCAACAAGCCCCACAAGUCUUUCACUGCUCAGCAGCAUCCUUCGCGCCACCAGUUGGCCAAGGUGGCCAAGGGCCCAACAGGGUCUUCUGCAACCCCGGUAGAGCAGCCGGCUGAUGAUGAUGAUGAUGAUGAUGAUGAUGAUGAUGAUGAUGAUGAUGAUGAUGACGAAAGGGACCGAAGAGAUGAUGCGAAAGGAUUGAAACCCUGGAAUGAUACAUGUGCUGUUGGAGGCUUUGCUGUCUCCACCUCCUUGCUCUUUGGCUUCGUUUGGCUGUCAUCACUAUGGAGUGCGAUGUCACGGGACGUCUCGUGCUUGAGGAUCGCUUCAAACUUCGGCAAAUUCAGUGUUUGCAUUCUGCUCUUUGGCAUCCUGACGAUGCAUUUUAGGGCAAGGGUGUCUGCAAUGAUUACUUGCGGCAUAACUAUGACAGCCAUGGUCAUCACCCUCUUCCAACUCGCUUUUGAGAGCGAUCCUCACACUUCUAAAACCGAAAAAGAGGAGAACUCCAGGUGGCCAAGUUGUGCAGCGGCAAUUCUUUGCUUGACUUUGGAAGUCACCACGCUUUUUGCUCUUACCACACACACCCGUAUAUGGCUGCAGAAUGGAUUCCUGUGCUCGCUUCUUGGUGAAGUUGUCAUCAUGGCCGCCACAGCAGCCGUGAAUGAGGGCGCUGCCGCCCCCCACGUCCUUUGGGCCGCUGUGGCAGGGCAUGCUGUGCUGCCAUUGGUCAUGUGCAAAGCCCUUGCAGCGAGGCUGACGAUCAACUUAUCGCUGUGUUUGCAGGACGACGAGAUCCUCUCCAUGCGCUACAGUCCGGCUGCCGGCUAUUCCAUGUGCCUCUUCAUUGGAAUCCUCUGGAUCAUGUACCAGAUUCUUCCAGGCAUUUGCUGGAGGCCAGCCUUCUUGGGGGUGCUGCUUUUGAUCCUUACUCCUGGCAUGUCACACACCACAGGAGCAGAUGUCCUUUAUGGACCUUGGGCCAUGUUUGGCGGGGAGCAUGAGGGCUGGCAGGCCUCCAAUGAAGGCCUGGUGAUUAUUGCCGUGGCGUCUCUCCUGGCCUUGGCGAUCGGGAUUGCCGGCCUUUGUGGCUCUUCAGAGGUUCACACCUUCGAGUGGAGCCGGCGAGGGGCCGCACCCACCCUGUCGUUGGUAAGGAUCCUGCUGCCCUUCUGGAUCAUGGAGCAUGUCUACUGGGGUGGUGACGACUCUCCCUUCUACAAGUGGUGGUCCCCACAGCUCAUGCCCGGUGGAGACACUGUGAGUUCACAGAUUCUAAUGCGCUGCUUGCUGCUGAUGCUUCUCCUGGGCAUUUGGGCACCCUUCUUUGCGAUGCUUGCGGCGGCAGGCUUUUGCUUGGCCAACACAAGAAGGAGCUUUGAUCCUGAUUGCCCCACUCAGCACGUGGGCAUGCUGUUGUUGAUCUUGUCUUUCACGCCGUGCGAUGCCUCCUAUAGCUUGAGCUCCUACUUGCGGCAGAAGUUCCCCACCAGUCGCUCAUGGCUGGGAGAUGCUGGAGAUCACUUGUGGGCGCGAUCCCUUUUCCGUCUACAUGUGAGCCUCUUGUACUUCUUUGCUGCGAUCUUCAAGGUGCAGAGCGAGUGGCUGGCGAGUGGAGGGGGCAGCUUGUACAAGGACAUUCAUAUUUGGGAACUUUCUCCCCUGAGUUGGAUCUACAAGUCCAUCAUCCACAGCAAGCACUCGCAGCAAGUGUCCGCACACCUGAUGGCAAUCGGGAUCAUUGUAUUGGAGAUUAGCAUCAGCUUGGGUCUUUGGAGCAAACGCUUCGGCACGCUGUUCUGGUGCAUGGCCUUUGCAAUGCAUUUGGGAAUGGUCCUUCUUUGUGGGCAGCUGGGCGGCUUUUCUCAGGCUGGCUGGACUGGAUUGUUGGCCAUCGGCCACGACAAGCUGGAGGACAUCUUGUCAGAACCUAAGAGCUUCGCUUUGGCGACUGCGGGGCUGAUCGGCAUGUAUGUUUGCAUCGGGUCGACCUUCGAAUUGAAUGGCCCUCCAAUGUAGACCCGCCGUCCUCAGAGGUGGGCCAUGGGGUGUGGUAGUGCAGUUGCCGGAGCUGGACGCCAAAGAGUUGCAAAAGGAGCAACAUUCUCCUGGUUUCUUUCUAACGCUGAUUGUGCC